GACCUUACAGGUAGAAAAGCACCAGUAGUGCAACAAUGAGCGGCCUCAAAUUUUAAUUUUUAGUGAAGAAAAGUAUUACAUGAAACCUGUUGGAAUUUAAAGUAUUGGAUUCCCUAAAAGACGUGUAUUUAAAUGCGGUGUAUCACAUUUAUCUGCAGCAAAGUGACAUACUUAGUGCUUGUCGUCUUAAACAUAGUUAUUCUUCACGAAUUCGUCCAGAUUUUAUACCCUGAAUUCAUAUACAUCCAACAAAAUUACAAAACAUCACGCUCAUAUUCCUCUGCUGAGCCGGAUGGAAUAGUAUCAUCCAGAGAGUGUAGCUUAUCGCAAGUGGAACCUGGACAAUGGUUGGCACAGUCCGCACAUCAAGACAACUGGACGGAUGACUGGCAACUUGUGGAUCCAAACCUGCUGAUUUACUCUGCCUAUCUGGAUGACAGGACAGUCUCAAAGCCGACAAUACGCAUCAUAGCUAGAAUGACACAGUUUUAUUGGCCUACAAAACGUCCAGCUGAGCUUGAUCUGUUUAGAUGUUUAGUUAAAUUUGACCCUGGUUGCCAAGAGUGUCCAGCGAUUAUUCAUGUGAAGCCAAGAUGGAGGAAAAUGUUUGAGGGAGAUUGGAUGGAACUCAGCCUAGAAUUUAUCUGUGACCUUAACCAGACUUAUGAAUUACCGAAGAAAGUGGCUAUAGUGAGUAACACAACUACCGAGGAACCAUUAUGGACACCGUUACUAUACUGGACAAAACAAUUACAUCUUCCUGCAGAGAGUCUUGUCAGGUCACUAGACAAUAUUGAUGGAAAGAGUUUAGCUUGGUUAUUGAACAAGAUCAGUGGAAGCAAUAACGCCAGAUCCUUUGAUCUUCUGAAAAAAGACAAUGUUUUUAGAUCUUCAGAUGGGACAAGUAGUAACAACGUCAUCAGAUUACUGGAUAACAUUAGGGAAGACAAUGCUGUCAGGUCAUUGGAUGACAUCAACGGAGAAAAUGUCGUUCGAUCAUUAGAUAGCAUCAACGGGGACAAUAUUUUUACAUCAUUAGAUGGAUUCAACAGAGACAAUGCUGCAAGAUCACUAGAUAGCAUCAAUGGAGAUAAUGUUGUUAGAUCUUUAGAUGGAAUCAAUGCAGACAAUGUUGUCAGAUCACUAGACGGCAUCAACGGAGACAAUGUUAUCAGAUCAUUAGAUAACAUCAACGGAGAUAAUGUUGUUAGAUCAUUGGAUGGAAUCAACGAAGACAAUUUUAUCAGAUCACUAGACAGUAUCAACGGAGAUAAUGUUGUUAGAUCAUUGGAUGGAACCAACGGAGACAAUGUUAUCAGAUCGCUAGACAGUAUCAACAUAGAUAAUGUUGUUAGAUCAUUGGAUGGAAUCAACGGAGACAAUGUUAUCAGAUCGCUAGACGGCAUCAACGGAGAUAAUGUUGUCAGAUCACUAAACGGCAUCAACGGAGACAAUGUUAUCAGAUCGCUAGACGGCAUCAACGGAGAUAAUGUUGUUAGAUCAUUAGUUGGAAUCAGCAAAGACAGUGUUGUCAGAUCAGUAGACGGAAUUAAAGAGACAAUUUUAUUAGAUCAUUAGAUGACAUCCACAGAAAUUAUGUUGUCAAAUCACUAAACAGUAAGAUCAAUAAAUACAAACAAUGCAGACAAAGUUUUUGAGCGAAGUGUAAGGAAAUGAAAAUUUGUAAGUUAAACUUUUUCAUUGAAUUCAAAAUUUAAUUUAUUUUCUUAUAUCCAAUUUAAAUUUGGACUUUUUCAAAUAUCAAUUCUCACUA